AUGCGAUUUAUCACCUCAAUCGCCUCCAUUCUUCUCGCCUCCAGCGCAAUUGCCGCUGCGUCCGAUGUCUUGCAGCUUGGUAAGGCCAACUUUGACAAGACUGUCGCUGAGAGCCCUUUGGUGUUGGCGGAGUUCUUUGCUCCAUGGUGUGGACACUGCAAGGCCCUUGCGCCCGAGUACGAGAUUGCUGCUACGCAGUUGAAGGAGAAGGGUAUUGCUAUUGCGAAGAUUGACUGUACCGAGGAACAGCAGUUGUGUCAGGAGCAUGGCAUUCAGGGAUACCCUACUUUGAAGGUCUUCCGUGGCCUUGACUCUGUCUCUCCUUACCAGGGUGCUCGUAAGGCUGAUGCGAUUGUUUCUUACAUGGUUAAGCAAUCUCUUCCUGCCGUUUCCGAGCUUACCUCCUCCAACUUCGAGGACUUCACCACCUCCGACAACGUCGUUGUCGUUGCUUUCUUCGAUGCUAAGGACACCGAGUCCAACUCUACCUUCUCCGCUGUUGCUAACAAGCAGCGCGACGACUUCCUCUUCGGUGCUACCACUGACAAGAAGCUCGCUAAGAAAGCUGGCGUGAAAGUACCCGGUGUCGCCGUGUACAAGAAGUUCGACGACGGUCUCGACGUUUACGGCGGCGAGUUUGACGCGAAGGCUAUCGAACACUUUGCUCGCGCUGCCGCCAUCCCUCUCAUCGGCGAGAUCGGACCCGAGACUUACCAGUCCUACAUUCAGUCCGGCAUCCCGCUUGCUUACGUCUUUUACGACACUGAUGAGGCUAAGGAGGAGCUCAAGGAGGCUCUCAUGACUGCUGCUAAGGAGCACAAGGGCAAGGUUUCCAUCGCCAUGAUCGACGCUCGUUUGUUCGGUGGUCACGCAAACAACCUCAACCUCCAGCAAGAAUGGCCAGCAUUCGCUAUCCAGGACACCGUCAAGAACCUCAAGUACCCUCUCGACCAGUCCGAGGGAUCUAAGGUCUCCGCUGAGUCCAUCACCUCCUUCUUGAAGGACUACGCCUCCGGUGCUUUGAAGCCUUCCAUCAAGUCUGAGCCUGUUCCCGAGACUCAGGAGCCUGUUCACGUUAUUGUCGGCUCCACCUUCGAGGAGGUCGUCUACGAUGACGAGCGUGAUGUCUUGGUCGAGUACUACGCUCCCUGGUGCGGCCACUGCAAGAACCUCGCUCCCAAGUGGGAGCAAUUGGCCGAACUCUACACCACCCCCGCCCACUCCGCCCGCGUCCGUGUCGCAAAGAUCGACGCAACCGCCAACGACGUCCCCGUCGACCUGCAAGGCUUCCCCACCAUCAGACUGUACCCCGCCGGUAACAAGGACGAGCCUGUGGAAUACCAGGGUGACCGCUCCAUUGAGUCUUUCGUGGAUUUCAUCAGGGAUAAGGGUACGCACCACAAUCUCGCUGCUGCUGUCUCUUCAUCAAGCAUUGCCCAGAUGGCCGCUGCUGCUACUGAGGGUGCAUCGGCUACCGAGACUGUUGUCGACAAGGCAGCUGUUACUGAGGCUGCUGAGGCUGCGGUUGAGUCCGCAACUAAGGGUGAGGAGAAGAAGGAGAGUUUCUUGAAGAAGGCUGCGCAUGUUGUUGGAGAGAUGUUGAUGGAUGACGAGUUGGCGGAUGUGCAUGAUGAGCUCUAG